CAAGAGAGAAAGGCUACCCCAGACAGUGCUGAAGUUUUCAGAGACCAGUCCUGCUGUUAAGAAGUUUUGUGCAAAGCUGAGGAGUUCAAUAACUUGCCAAAAUGUGUAAAGGACUUGCAGCUUUGCCCCACUCAUGCCUGGAAAGGGCCAAGGAGAUUAAGAUCAAGUUGGGAAUUCUCCUCCAGAAGCCUGACUCGGUUGUUGACCUUGUCAUUCCUUAUAAUGAGAAGCCAGAGAAGCCAACCAAGACCCAAAAGCCCUCGCUGGAUGAGGCCCUGCAAUGGCGUGACUCCCUGGAUAAGCUCCUGCAGAACAACUAUGGGCUUGCCAGCUUCAAAAGUUUCCUGAAGUCUGAAUUCAGUGAAGAAAACCUUGAGUUCUGGAUUGCUUGUGAGGAUUACAAGAAAAUCAAGUCCCCUGUCAAGAUGGCUGAGAAGGCAAAACAAAUUUAUGAAGAAUUCAUCCAAACCGAGGCUCCUAAAGAGGUGAAUAUUGACCACUUCACUAAGGACAUCACAAUGAAGAGCCUGGUGGAACCUUCCCUGAGCAGCUUUGAUGUGGCCCAGAAAAGAAUCCAUGCUCUGAUGGAGAAGGAUUCUCUGCCACGCUUUGUGCGUUCUGAGUUUUAUCAGGAGUUAAUCAAGUAGUAAUUUGAUCUGCCUAUGAAAAACAUUCCAUGAGUUCUGCUUUCCAUAACAACACUGAAUUAUCCAAUCACAUGCACAUCUAGCUUUCCAUAGCAGCUUUGCUCAAAGAUACCCACACAGAGAAUUCCAGGGAGUGCCCAUUACUCUUUUGCCUACAUUAGUCUGGAUGUGGAUCUGUUGUCUGAAGACCUUUCAUUCUUCCUGCCCUAUUCGAUUGAGCUCUACCCAGUUUCUGUCAGUCUUCAUUCAUUACAGAAAAAUCUUGCCUAACACAAAGCUAUCUCAGAGAAGAAUAUGGUACAAUCAAGUGUGGGGAAAGAUUAUUGCCACCUAAACUAGCCCAAAAUAAAAGAUAAUAUAGUUAAAAGACCAAUUUGAAAGGAACACGAUUGAUUGUUUUAAUCCUGACUGAAAGAGAUUACUCUUCUAAUUAUUUCUGAAUUUUUAAAAGUCAUAAGCUUUUUAUGAGAUAACCAUUUGAUUUUCUAAUAAUGCUUUCUCCAAAAUCAUCUUUAUGUUAAUUGCAUAUUAUGUGAUACAUAAGGUAUACAAACAUGAAUAUCUUGUUUAUGCAAAAUCAAUCUAAAUAUAAUUUAUAUUAAUCCUGACUUUGUAUCUCCCUCACUGGCCUCUCUAUAAAUUGUUUUUUAAAUUGGUGACCUAAGAUCAACAAUGAAUUAUUAUAUAAAAAUAUCUAUGUAACUGAGAUGCAGGCCAAAAUUUAAUUUCCAAAUGAUUUGAAAUCCUUCCGAGUGUACAAUUAAUCCCCAAAUUUCUGACUCUAAUCAUAUAAAAUAAAACUGCUGCCAUGCUUUGGAGUGGCCUAUCAUCUCAAUAUCAAAAGGGCAAUGCACUAAAAAGGGAAAAAUAAUCUCAACAUUAAUUAUAAUUAAUUAUGAUGCCAUCUGUUUCUUUAGUAAUGAUGAUUAUGUUCAAAUACCAAAUUGUCUUUGAGAAAAGGUGACUAUGUGAAAGCUUUCUAAAUGAGACAACUUUCAAAUAUCCUGCAGUUUGCAAAAUAAUAGAACCUUUCUGCAACCAGACUUCCUUCACUCUCUUGCUUUCUGAAUUAGUAAGUUUUAAUUAUAGUCAGAAGUUCAGAUUCACACUCCCAACAUGCCUCAUACAGCUAAGUGAUAGGCCUUGGUAUUUUUAAUAGAUUUAAGCUUAUAGUUCUCUAUUUCAUUAUUAUAAGUCUUGCUAAAAUCUUUUUUCAUAGAUUUUAUGAAGUAAUAAUUCACAUAAUUUAGGAAGAAAUAUAAGUAAACGGAACCAUAUAAGGAUAGUUAAAUUGAGGGCAUUGAGUUGAUUUUUAAGAAAGAAAGUGUUUUGAACAGGACUAAUAAAAUCCUUAAAUGGUUAAGUAGAUUACAUUGUUUAAUUUUAUAUUUUCUCUUUUUCCUUUUUCAUUCGCAUACUCUUAGUUUCCCACCACGUGUAUCUCAAUUAUUCACUUAUUUCCUAAGAAUAUUGAAAGCUAAGUGACUUUGUUAUUCUUUUCUUUGGGCAAACACUGUGGAUGUUGGUAAGGCUUUUGGGGUUUCAAAGGAUAUUUUAUCUGAAUUAUUGACAUUUCACAUUCUCAAUAUGAAUUAAAGUGACAGAAUAUACCACAAAGUUACAAGUGAUAGGAAUUCAUUUAUGUCAAUAUUGUCAUUUAUACUUCCAGUAUUAUAGAGGAGCUCUUCAUGUAUCAAUAUAUGAGAUAUAUGAGCUCAACACUGUGGGCAUGGAGAAGUGCUCUUGUGUGGGAUUGACAAGGCACUCAGACGAAAAGUCCCAGCAGGUAUUCUGACAUUCUUCCUCAGCAGCUAGCCAUUCUGUACCAAGUAAACAAAAAGUCUCAGACCUUGAAGUCUUAAGAAUCUAGGCAAGUUCAUUUCUC